ACGAAAAACCCAGUGAAGGGUGACGAAAAAAACCCAGUGAAGGGUGACAAAGAAAACCCAGUGAAGGGUGACGAAGAAAACCCAGUGAAGGGUGACGAAGAAAACCCAGUGAAGGGUGACGAAGAAAACCCAGAGAAGGGUGACGAAGAAAACCCAGAGAAGGGUGACGAAGAAAACCCAGAGAAGGGUGACAAAGAACCCAGUGAAGGGUGA